AUGUACACAUCAACUUCUCAUGAGAAAUUGAGCAUUCGAGUUGAACGGGGCACUCGACCGAGUGUGAAAUGCAGUGAUGACAAGAGGAAAGUGCAGAUCACCGUCCCACAAGAUGCCACCCAGAAUUGGCCGCCCAUUCGCGCGGAUCUCUUUGCUGAUUAUUUUGUGGUCAUUCAACGACUACAACAACAAUUUAAGAUCUAUGUCCAGAAUACACAAGAAAGAAAACCCGAAUUUGUCAUCUAUUCCUCAACAGUGGCACAUGAGAAAGAAGUGAAGACACAGAUCAAAGAAUUGCACACAAGAUUAAAUGAGGUUUGCAUAGCUGCACCGAAUCUUGAUCUACAUGGAGUGCUGAAAGCGCCGAAGCUCUCAUUAGAGUCAACCGUUGGCACUAUGCAUAUUUAUGCAAGGAUCGAAUCCGAGAAGAUUCGUCUACACGCUCAGACACUCGUUCUCGCCCCGGAGGCUCUAAUCAGCACAAAUAAGUUGAAAAUGGUUGCCAGAAAGGUGCAAAUCGAUGGACGAAUCUUUCCAUCGGAAACCGGUUUACCCGACGAGCCACGAGUGAUGAGUGUGAUUUGUGAUGCACAACUUGUACAUAUUGGUGUCGAUGGGAGGAUUGGAGAGGGAAAUUCUACAGAGAAUUUGAAGCAAUCGCGAUCCUCCUCUCAACCCCCACAACUCACCGCCGAUGGUCUCCUCUUGCAAAUCACUGGCUCGCUAGCCAACUAUGGAAAGAUUUUAGCGAUAGAAAAAGUAGAUCUAGUUGUUAGCGGCAGCAUUGUUUCUUUGUCUGAUGGUUGGCUUGACUCAGCGUCGAGAGGAUACGAUGCAUUGAAACAGAUUAAAGGAAUCAAGAAAACCGAAGAUUGCAAGCCAAGCAGCUCCUCGUUGCACUCGGCGAUUAGAGAGCAGAACCCGAGCGCUGUCGCGAAAUUGAUUGAGAGUGGAGUUGAUACAGAUGAUAAGACAAACUCGAAGCGGCGAACCCUUCGACAAACGGCGAUAGCAAAAUACCGAGAAGCUAAGGAAAAAUCCACUCAAAACAAAAGCCGACAAGGAAUCACGUUAAUCAAUGCUCUCUUGACUGUGCACGAGUGGAGAAGAGGCACAAUACAAGCAAGUGUCAUUCAGGCAAACAUCGAAAAAGACUGUGCCGACUGUGCCCAAUUUAAAGCCGAGCAAUUGCAAGCAAAGGUUGGAGUCGAUGCCGCCGUCGAAGCGGACUCAAUCUGGCAUUGCUCUCACGUUGAACUUGAGGUCGGCGGUUCACUUUCAAUAUCAGGUCAAGUCAAACACAAAACCGGGAUCUUCAACGUCGAUGGAGAGACAACGAUAACUUCAGAAGCAAUUCUAAGUCAUGAGGUUCUCGCUCGACUCACCACGAAAUCUCUGCUCUGUGAUGGAAUUUGGUCUUCAGGGGACACUCUUGUAAUCGAAUCUAAAAGUGAUAUCACAUUCAAAGAAAACAGCUAUGUUGAAGCUGAAAAGCUCGAGUCUGCUGUUGAUGGAUGCUGUUCAUUGGAUGGGACUUGGCAAAUUGGAGCUCUUUGGAUGUCGAUUGGACAAAAUGUGAUAACGAGUGUUGAUGGAAAAGUUUUUGUGGAAGAUUCGGCGACGAUCAAUGCUCAAAGCUUUCUGAAUAGCGGCUUGUGGAAUGUGAGCUCGGUGAUCGAUGUGCAAUUGAAAGACUCUUGUCACUGCUUCCAUUCGUCACGCAUCGAAGUCCAUUCUCUGAGAAUCGCCUGUGAAAAUCAUUGUACGAUUGGCGGAGCUUGGGUGGCCGAGGCUCUUCACCUUUAUGCGAGACAUGAAUUGGUGACAACUUGCAAUGGAAAAGUAACACUUUAUGAAGGCCUUUUGACUUGCGGAUCGUUUCGCAAUGACGCACUAUGGCAAGUGGAAAAGUGGAUGAGGCUCACCACCGGCUCAAUCGAACAAUCAGAUGAUGGGACACUUUUCGUAAAAGAGAGAUUCGAUCUCAAUGUUCACUCGGAAUCGAAAAAUUUGAAUGGAAAGAUUAUCACAAGUCAUGCGGCUUUCAAAUUUCUCAAAACUUUGUCCUCCAAUGCGUUUAUACGAGUCAAUGAGAUUGAGAUUAAUUUGCCAUACAUGAACGAGUCGUGUUUCAACUUUUCCGGUCAAAUGGAUAUCUUGGCUGGAUCGUUAACGUUAAAGGGCAAUUCGAACCUGGAACCCCGUCAGCCACUCACCGCGCACCCAAAAGCAGCCGUCAUUUUGAGCGGUAAACUCAACGCCACCGCGAUCAUCGCCCCAUUCCUGGCCAUCGAGUUGACAUCAACGGCUUUCGUUCGUCUAUUCGGACUCAAAUCGAACACUCCCGACAUCGAUUUCAACGUUCUGAUAUCCGCUGGCGCUCUGAUCACUCAAAAAGACUCCUCUUUACUGUCAAUGGGCGACAAUGAGAUCUCCGAGGGUAUUAUUUGUGCGACAACAUGGAUCCACGCUGGACAAGUGCGCUUUCAAACAAAUUCCGUGAAAAUUCACACCGGAUCGCUAAAGUAUACGGGAAGAUUGACAAGUGCUGCUGAUAAACAAAAUCAUGUCACUGAUUUACAUAUGAUUGUUGAUGAGUUGCUGCUGAAUGAGGGAAUCAUCUCAGCACAUCGGCUACAAAUCUCGGGCGAUGGAAUUUUGGAGAAUCGCAAUCGAAUCUUUGCUGUGGAUGAGAUGAACAUUCGACUAUCGAAUUUCAACAAUGAUCAAGGAUUGAUGGAGAGUAAAAAUGCGAUGAAAUUGUUGGCGGUGAGCAAAGAGUGGACAAGAGUGGCUGGGAAUAUAAAGGCGAAGAGCUCCUUCGAUGUGUGUGCUCAAAGAUUGAAUCUCGCCUUGCAAAACGUUCAAAACCUUUGCAAAGAGAAACACCUCGAAUUCUCAGCCAAAGAAGAACUGAUGAUCUCGUCAAAUGUCAUUGAUUCGGAAAAGAAAUUGAAAGUGGCUUGUUCAGCGAAAAACAAAAUCAUCAUCGAUGCUUGUAUGGAAAUUGAGCAGUUAGAGAUUCUACUCGGCGACAAUUUUCCCUUUAUUCCCACCGAAGAACCCCAUCAAUUCUCGAUCUUGAACUCAGCCACAAUUGACACGAAAACCGUAUUUAUCAAUGGAAAUUCCCCAUUGAUCAUCUUGUCGCUUGACGGGGUUCUGAAGUGCCAAAAACUCGAAGUCUCUCGGCAAGUGCGCACUGUUUUGAUCACUGGGAAAGGCUCGUUGGAGUGUGCCCAGUUACAAGUUGAUGGAGAGGCUCUUUGUGUGGAUUUGUAUCAAACUUUGACCGCGACAGAGAUCUUGUGCCCGCAAAUCGAGGUGAAAAAGAAGUCGAUCGUGCGACUCUCGCCUCCACCCGGUGCAACGACUCGAAUGCUCACCGAUCGCCUUCUCAUCGCCGGCACAAUGUUCGUCGAUCAGCGACUUUAUCUGACAUCGAUUUCUCAAAAUCCUCUCCAAAUCACCGGCUCAAUCAUUGGAACAUCAACGGAAAGUGAGAUCACAAUUGAAUCAGAUCAAAUGAUUCUCAAUGGAGAGCUCUCGAAUCUCGCCUUUUUGGAGAUCUACGUGAAAAAUGCGAUCAAAACCGAUGACGCUUUGACUCUUCAGAAUAUAAAAAACCUAGCAAUCGAAGCUGGACAAGCAAAUUUACACUUAAAAGUGGAAAAUUGUAAAUCGGUGACAAUAAACGGAGAUCAAUUGAACUUGAAAGGGUUCAUAAAAGGGAUUGAGAACGCAAAGGUCAACUUCUUUGCCGCUUCAAUUACCCAAUCGAUGGAGAUCACGAAUUUGGAUUCGUUUGAAAUUCAAGCGAAAAGACAAGUGACACUUGAGGGAAAGAUUAGCAAAUGUAAAUCGGUGAACAUUGACGCGAAAUGGAUCACGAAUUCGGCGAAGAUUGCCGAUUGUGAACAAACGGUGGUUAGAGGAUGGUGCUCUAUUUCGACGGGUUCAAUCAUGACUGAAGAGUUGACAAUCGUUUGUUUAUCUGUUUUCAUUAACAAUGGGGUUCUGCACGCGGAGAAUUUGAAGAUUAUCACUCCAUUUUUACUCUCGAUGACAGAGAAGAGCGAUGUGUUUUCGUCAAAUGCUGAGAUUCAUACAAUCAUUUGUGCUUGCAAUCACGAAAUGGUCACCACCUCAAAUGCCGAGCCGUCAACCACGUAUUUGUGGAUUGAUUUUGAGCGAAGCAGCAAGACGGCCACAAUCACUGAAGAAGCCUCGAGAGCUUGGAGAGAAACGGCUACAAUGUUAAAGGACCGAAUGAAGUCGAACACUACCGAUGUGGACGAGACGAUCCUCGCGCUCAAGUACAUCGCCGAUCUCUCGCAUGCAAGAGUGACAAUGACGCAAGAAAGUGAACUGUUUUUGGAUUUAAAUGAUAUUUCCACUCGCUUCUCCACUCAGCCGAUCAGUCUCUUCAGUGUCUCCAAAUUCUCAGCGCUCAUCGCAAAUGCUCGAUCGCAAGCAAGAAUUGAAAAAGUGCAAAUCUCGUCGCAGGACAAUGCAAUGAACGGAAAACGGAAAAACGGAAAACGACGAUCAAUGGGUUGUACACUUUAUGAGGGACUUGUUCAAUUCAAGUCAGCCAAGUACAAUCGAGAGUCGCGAAACUCGUCGGAAACCGUUGACGGCGGAUAUGUCUCACGGGGAAGCAGCGAGGAUCUCGAGAGGAAAUCGAAUAGUGUCUCACCACUUCCCUCUCCGAAAGCCGAUCGGAUUUCCUCAGCUUUUCCACAAAAUCACUUGAGUCUUAUCGCUUCAACCUUUGACGAAUCGCUUUCCUCGAUGAAACCAAGUGCCGAGGAAUUGAACGACAGUUUUAUGACCAUCGAAGAGGCUGAGCUACUCGAAUUCGAGGAACUUGAGCAGGAAAUUGAAAAUGAAGAGAAUGGACAUAUAAGAACAGAUUAUAUCAUUUGUGAAGAAGAAAAGAUUCGAUUAGCACAAUUGAGGGAGAGAAAUCUUCUCCCUCCACCACCCCGUCCACAAUCAAGAGCUUUCCCAUUGGAGAGGACGCCGAGUAGCAAUGAUCUCGUCAUGAAGAGGAUCAAGGUGAAGAGCACUCUCUCUUCACUCGAUCUUCGCUCAUUUGGCUCUAAUUCCUCACUGAAUUCAAUCGAUUUUUGUCAAUUUGGCGAUCUUGGUUCGCCAAUGCAAUUCCCGAAAUCGACUUUUCAACGAAGCUUUAUCCCUCGCGGUCCUUUCAGACAUCAUCGACCACGAAUUCCCGAAUCACCAUUGAAAAAU